UAUCAAUACCUUAUCUAGAGCACGUCUUCAGAUAUGUUACCGGUCGAUAAUAUUCGCUAACAGCUAGUUGAUAAGGUCGCCGCCUCGAGCGCCGUGCUCGCCGCAACGCCUCCCCAAAACAUGGCGCAUGUCAUGUUUCGGCAGCGGAGCUCCAGGGGUGGCCGUUCGUUAAGAAAGCGCCAUGACAGCGAGGAGGAGACCGUUCACCUUGAUUUAACCAAAGGCGUGGGUGACAACCUGCGGGAAAUCCUGGUCUACUUGGUGCGUCAAGAAGGUGUGAGCAAGAACCGGAAGCUCGCGUAUCUCAACUCGCUGGUGAAGCUGAGCCCAAAGAUCACAGAUGAGACCGAGCUUGGGUUCUCGCUUGAAGAAGUCUUCUGCUGUUUGCGUGUGCUGCUCGUGCACGAUGCGAGCGAGGUACGUGCUGGCUGCCUGCGGGCACUGCGCCAUCUGGUGCGGGACGCCUCCGCAGCGCGGGCACUGGUCCGGUCUCACGUGCCCGUCCUGGUGGCGAGGGCGCUGGACGCUGCCCUGGAAUCCCGCACGGAGCGCCUCCAGGCCCUUCGGCUCGUGCGACGGCUAGUGACGCUGGCACCGGACGACCUGCCGCCACAGCUGGCACGCUGCCUGGUGGCGGUGGCUGCAGAUGGCGCCAAGGAGCGAGAUGACUUGGUUCGGGCCUGCCUCGGAACGCUCUGCGAGCUUGCGCUGCUGAAUCCCAAACUGUGCGUGGAGACUGGCGGCUUCCGCACCCUGCUCCACAGCGUGCUGGACUGCCCGCAGCCGCACAUCGCGGAAGCCAUGUUGGGGGUCCUGUUCCACUCUAUCAACGACCCAGCCACAAGGCACCUGCUCAGACUAGACAUCGACCUGGAGUACUUGGUGGCACCUUUCACAGACAGUCACUUUCGUUAUGCAGAUGACCUGCCUGAAAACUCUUUGAGCGACGACAGAGAACUGAGGUUUCAGACAAGUCGCAUCGCAAUGACGUCAGUGUUGAGGUCGUGGCCCGGAAUGGUGUACUUUUGCAAGCCGCCGCCAUCAGGGUCACAGUCUUUGGUGGAAGUCCUAUGCCUGCCUCUUCCUGAUGCAAGGAAAAACAUCCUGGCUCUCUUCUACGACAUCUUUUGUCUUGCCUUGCCUGCCUGGACAAGUGACUUUGAGGCUGCACUUGCAUCGUCUGACCGUGCAGCCAUGCAGGAGUCGUGGAAGCUUUACGAGGGAUUUGUCGCCGCUGAGGGCCGCGACCUUUUACCCCCCGUCACUAAACAUAGGUCUAAUCUAGUAGCGAACUACUUAGCUCUACUUUUAUUAGCAUUUGUACAAGCAGGAAUCUUAGAGGCACUAGUUGAAGUGAUUGUAACUAGCGAAGAUGCCAUGGCGAUUCAGGCCACUAUCCUGCUGGCAGAGCUUCUCUACAUGGCAAGCAUGUUCCUGCCAUCAGAAGCCAGCCGGCACUGCCACUGCCUGCCCACACUGAUGUCACAGGCGGCUUCGUUUGAUUCCUGUCAAAAGAAACGCAUACGGGCCAGUACUGCGGUAGCACGACUGUCGAGGAUUCAUGCUCUCAAGAGGAGGGGCAUGGUGCCCUGCAGUCUGUUUCUGGACCAGCUGCUUCAGUUCUGCAGCCACACCAAGCGCUCCGGCGAACUGUUCUGUGAUGUGGCUGGACGCAGCAAGCUCAUCAGCUGCCUUCACAAGGAUUCGGAUGAGGCGGUGCUGCACACUAUCAAGGACACGCUGGUCUUGUCAAAGGAGUACACCUCCUGGGACUGGGACCUCAUUAGCUCCGUCCUGAAGUGGCCCGGGGAGUCUCUGAAGAGCCUAGGCGACGCGACACUGCGAAACUUCGUCAAGCGGCUGCUGCUCUUCUUCAAGCCGAGCAGCAAGCAGUUCUCGCUCAUCGAGGCCAAGCGCGAGGGCUCUCGCCAGAUCGUCAUCGUUGGCUGCCAGUUCUUUGAGUUCCUCCUCGAAGCAGAUGAGAGCAAGGCCAACGACUACAUUGAGGACUUUCUGAUCGACCUCUGCAACUGCCUCCACGAGGUCGAAGGGGAAGUGGUGGUCCUGGCGGCGGUGCUGAGCCCGACCCGGGUGGCCUCGACGGUGGCCCACGGCUACUUCCUGUUCCUCGGGCGGCUGUCGAGCUCGAGCAAGGGCACCCGCUGCCUGGAGAAGCUGGGUGUCUACCAGCACCUGGUGAGCCUGGUCAGCAUGAGCUCGCAGGACAUCUACAUGAAGCUGGUGGUCUCCUGCCUGGACUACACCAAGCCGGGCUUUGCCAGGACCCUGCUCACCAAGGUGCUCACCGCCACCUCCGAGACGGCCCGUCUGUACGCGACCAACUACCUGCGCGUCCUCCUGAGGCUGGAGCUACUGGACUUCCGCAAGUGGGCCAUGGAGCUGCUGGUGACGCAGCUCUACGACAAGAGCAGGGCUGUCUCGCUCGCGGCCUCGGACAUCCUCGACGAAGCCUGCGACCUGAGGGAAAACUUGGAGGCCCUGAUAGCACUUCGGCCGGCCUUGCUGUGCUUGGGCGACAGAGGCCUGCUCCUGCAGAUCCGCUUCCUCUCGCUGCCCAGCGGCUUCAAAUACCUCCUCGAAGCCAACGUCCUGGAGAGCGAGCUCAGCAAGUGGGACGAGGUGAACCACUUGAGGUACGUGAAGAUAGUGGAGGACGUCAUCAAUCAGGCGGUCACGUGGCAUCAGCGCGGGGAGGACGGGACAUACGGACGGCGGAGCAGCAACACCAGGCUAAAAGUCCAGGAUGUGUUUGCGCCGGUGCACCUGUACGGACAGCUCGUGCAACACCUGCAAGGCCUGUCCUACCUGCAGCAGCACGGAUCGCUCCGGCAGCAUUGGGAGACUGUCCUCCUCGGGGACAUGACCAGCCUCGAGUCGCUGCUCCGCCUGAAGGCCUCCCUGUGGACCGUUGGACACGUCGGAACGUCACCUGAGGGCUUUGCCCUCGUCUCGGAAGCGGACGUCCUUCCCGCCAUUGUCAAAAUGGCGCAGGACGCUCCCGUCUACUCAAUCCGCGGGACCUGCUUCUACGUGCUGUGCCUGCUGGCGACGACGGCGGAAGCGGUCGAGGCGCUCGCGUCGCUCGGCUGGGAGUCGGUCCAACACCGCCACCACGAGGCGUGGCCGAUCGCGGCGGAUGCACUCGCCGGUCUGGCGGUUCCGUCGCCGACCAACUCUCCGAGGGGUCGUCCCCACGCGUGGUCCGUGAGCAGCACGGGCAGCCAGUGGAGCGAGCUCCUCUCCGCGAGUGCCCUGCACCGCCGUUUCCGCGGAACGUCGACAGCCUCCUCGUUCGAGGGCGUCGAGUCUCCGCUUGCGGACACGCCGUCCCGUCGGACCCUCAAUUUCGUGACGCAGCAGAGCAGGGCGGUAGGGGCCGGGCCGAACAUCCGCCAGGCACAGACGCUUCCGCGAAACGCGACCCUAUCACCGCGCGUGGAUGCGGUGGUGGCCUCUUCGCGGAGGCCGCGCUCGUCCUCUGACUGUCGGCCCGGCGAGCCAACGACGCACGACUCCGCGGCGCCCGCCCCAACAGAGCGCUCGCGUCUGCUUGCCAUUCCGUGCACCGCAAAGGACAGGUCCGGUUCGUUCGGCGGGAGCCGCGACUCGGGCACGGAGUCUACAUCGCUCGGCGAGAAGAGCGCGAGCGCGCUUGAAGUCUGUUCCGCCGCCGUACUGAGCGACGCAAAAGGCGCCGCGAGCGCGACGACCGGUCCGAAGGGCGAGCGCAGCGACAGCAAUGAGAGCUCGCAGACGACGGGGACCGGCAAGAGCCGGUCAGACAGUUGCACCGACUCGACGACGAGCGGCGUCAGUUCGUGUGACGAGGUGGGGCCACGGGCGGUGCAGACACUGAGUCCCAUCGCGAGUUCGACCUCGCUGAGCACGCUAGGCGGGCACCGGAGCGAGUCGGCUCCCCGCAGGCCCCGGGGGUUUCCGGGGGGGAGCGGGUCGUUGUCGAGGGGCAGCAUGUCGGCGAGUCCCACGUCGCCCGACCUACCUGUCACGAUGUACACGAGCGCGCGGGACGCGGCGGGGUACGCGACGCUGCGGGCGCUGCGGGAGGCCUCGUCGCUGCGGCGGAGGCGGCGAGUCUGCUCGCUGGGCUGCGACGGCGCGGAAGAGGACGCGCUGCUGGCGACGCUGGCGGGACGGAGUCUGGAGCGGAGCGGGUUUUACAUCGGCGAGGAGCCAUCUCCGGAGAAUCGGGCGGGCUCUCGGACGGCGUCCGUGGCGAGCGACAUCUCCCACUUGACGGCAAGGCCAGAGAUGAGGGAUGCGGAGGAGAAGUUCAUGGGCCUCUGUCUACCCGUUGAUACGAGCCUUAUUUUCGCGGUGAGAGAAGAAGAGGGUUUGUGCGAGGAAUGCGAGAGGCCUCCGACGAUACCGGAGGUCGCGGAGGACCGGAACGACGGAUUCGAGUUGCACACCGUCGAGAACUGCCUUCAGUGUCACAGCGUCGCACGCGUCGCGGAGCUGCGGCUCUCCCGCACAAACGGCGACGGCCACCCAGCAGGUGUUACCAAGGUGGAGGGCUUCCAGUACCUUGGGUCCACCGCCGACCAGAAGACAGAUGCCAACUAUGUCACCUACUCUAGUCAAUCUAGAAAAAACAGGAGGCCAAGUGAAAACGACUAUGACGUUGUUGCCGUGCGGAAGGAACUUUUGAGGUACAUCGCCAACCUCAACAGCUCUGUCAUCCUGAAGGGGUCUGAGCAGGGUCUUCUGAGCCUGAAGCAGAAGUACCCCAAGGCCUUCCAAGACGUGUGCCUUUACUCUGAAGUCUGCCUACUGAUGGCCCGGUACCGCUUUAGGUUGUCUGCGCGCACCUUCCUCCAGGAGCUCUUUCUGGACAUCGGCUUCGAAAAACAAUUCCUCGAAGAAGCCGAGGACAUCCUAAGGAUACCGCACAUCGUCAUCAUGCCGCCCGCAGAAGAGUCGGAGGCCUGAACUGCACCGCCGCCCCGACGGAAAGAAGCAAGGUCGAGUCCUCUAGUCGUCGUCUUCGUCGUCGCUACACCCUCGGGACGCUCUGGACCCUGACCGUCGGUGGAAAAACUACUACGUCUUUUCCAUACUGCGAUCGUCGCGGUCGUUCUAGUGACUUCCGUACGGAAAUGUUUAGCCACAUAUGCAAGACUCGAGGGUCGUGUGGUACCCCACGUUUUUUCUUUUUUCGUGCGCGUGUGGAAUGCGACGGAGACGUGUCUCGCGAACAAAUUGUGAUAGUCUUCGGUGGGGUCCGGUUACGAGCUUGCGGGGACCGCUGCCGAAGUGCACGGCUUUUCCCCGUCGUUUCUACUUAAGGUGGAAGGUCAAGGACGUUACAUUUUUUGUACUGCCAGAACAACAACAAUAUUAAUAGUUUUGUGUUUGUUCCUAUGAUUGUGUUAGAACAAGCUUCGUAGGGUAGGCAUUCAAUUUUUUUUGUUUUUGUUGGAGUGGUUCGGAAUUCAAAAAGACGCCGGCUUUUACGGCGUCAUAGAGGAGAAGUGCGCAGGGUUUCUUUGGCUCGCCUGCGAAAAUCGGGGCGAAAACUAAGCUCGUUUUUCGGCGUGCUUUAUUUUGCUUUUGUUGAUUAUUACGAGUGUGUUUUUUUGUUCCGUUUCAAUGUUGACAGAGAGGAAAAGCUGUAAAGAAAAGGGCAUGCUGAGCCCGACCGAAGACAGAAAGCUAUUGUACUGCCAGAGGAGGCUUCGAGAAGUCUCUCUGCGUGAAGUCAGACUCGCGGGAAAAGGAGUGUGCCCGCCUGGUGUGCCCGACAUUGUAUGUAACAUUAACUCUGCCAGAUUUUUGUGUACGUGUACAUAGGAUUGCCCGUGAACAUACACAUUCGGUGCGUACGAAUCGCAAGAGUGUAGUACAUUUGAUGCGUUUGUAUUUAUGGCGAGCGUUGAUUACUUCAUAGUUUACCUCGAUUCAAUUUGCCGUCGGGCGUAACUCUAUGUUUUUGUUACGCUAUUUCGUUUUUGUUUGGUUCUUGUUUGCGUGCAACGUGCCGCCAGACUUGUUUUUCUCGUUUAUUGUGCAUGCACAUGUUGCCGUUGUAUCUAGCGUUUUCGUUCGUUUUUUUCCACUCUGGGUGCCGUCGGAGAACCCCGAUUUGCCUUCUUACCCGAAUUUUUUCGUCGACAGUGUCACAAUAAUGCGUCAGUUGAUGCUGUAACAAACAGCAUCUAGUUUUAUAUAAUUUUUUGGGGGGGGGGGCGAAGAAAAAUGGGACAGACUGUUUAUUUCUAGAAAGUUUUUUUUUUUUUUUUUUUUUUACUUUUUGUCAUUUCGGUUUUAUUGAUGGCGGCAGAAAGCUACGCAUCGUAACGGCUUAGCGUAGCGGGCCAGUUGAAAUCUCGUCGAAAAAUUGGAGCGCGGCAGUGCAGACACGCUUUUUGUGCGGAACCUAUGCUCGUCGCUCCUUUUAGGGUGCUGCAUCCUUUAGUUUGAAAUCAUGCACAGCAAAUUGCGCUUGGCCCAAGAUCACGGUGGCUGAAAAUGGAUUGGCACUUCGUUCGACCAAUGCUGGUGGAGCUUUGACAUUUCUGUACAUACUCUUACGUGGGUCGCAAAAAUUGCAGCUGUAAACCGCAAGUCCUUUUGUUCUCGACUAACCGAGGCAACGCCCAGUCGUUAGUUUAAUCGUGAGUGUGAACCACGGAUGGUGCAAAGUAUGAUACGUGUCGUCUUGUGCCCCAAUCAGGUUUUUGUUUUUGUUUGCGUGCGUGUUUAGGGCUAAAGUAGUUGCAAGACAUUGCGUGUGUACAGAAACCGACCUAUGCAGCGUCGUGCACGAUUUCUCGCCACCCGUAUUUUUUAGCGUGCGUGACAUUGCAUUCCCUCCCCCCCUCCCCCCCAUUGUGCCUUCCCUGCCGAGCGCAUAGCAAACUUCCAAAAAUACCAGACGUGUAAAUAAGGAUUCCCUAUUUUCUUAUUUCCGCAGGCCGAAUUACAGCCUGCUGUGUAAGAGUGAAAAGUGUUUUCCUUGUUCGCAUUGUGUUGUUAAUUUUUUUUUCCCCCGCGUUUUUGCAAGAGAAACAUAUCACUUCCAGCUGGGGUGUCUGCGCUCGAUUACUGUGUCUUCCUCCUUGCGGGGCGGAUGGAACCUCACGCUUGUACAUACCGGAGAUAAUUUUGUUUUAGUAAAGUGUAGACGAAUUGAAACCUUGA